AUGGUUGCCGAUCAAAAGAACGGCGCUUCACAUACCAACGGUACCGACAAGCAACUUAAGUGCGAGCCUCUCGUCUAUAGCGGAAGCUUGGAUGAAUUCAAGUCAUUCGACGUAACGACAAUUAUCGGACGCGAGUUUCCCGACGUUCAGCUCAGUAAUCUCCUGAAGUCUCCAGAUUCGGAGAGGCUUAUCAAGGACCUUGCGAUAACGAUCAGCCAGCGUGGUGUCGUAUUCUUCCGCAACCAGGACUUGGACUUGGAACAACAAAAAGAACUCGUCGACAAGAUUGGUAGAUUGGCGGGCAGGCCGGAAACGUCAGGGCUACAUGUUCAUCCUCUAUACAAUUCACCGGAUAAUACUCCACUCGAUGAUACGGGCAAGAUGGAUCGCCAUGUUUACGUUAUUUCUUCGAAGACCCAGGAUAAGUUGUAUGCGACCAUGGCUCACAGGAUGUCAGUCAGACCAACGUCUGAGCUAUGGCACUCCGAUAUAACCUUUGAGAAUGUCCCGUCGGAUUAUUCAUGCCUGAAGAUCACGAAGACACCAACCACUGGAGGUGAUACACUAUGGGCGUCGGGCUGCGAGGUCUACGACCGCAUGUCCCCCUCUGUUCGUGAAUUCCUAACUACCCUCACCGCAACGCACGCGCAACCCGUCUUCAAGCGGUCCGCUGCAGCCGUAGGGUGCGAAAUCGUCUCUCCUCGUGGUUCUCCCGACAACUCCGGCGAUGCCUUCGAGGUAUCCCAUCCCGUUGUACGUACUAACCCCGUCACGGGAUGGCGAAGCAUCUACGCCGUUGGGCUACAUUGCAGGGACAUCGAUGGCCUCACUAAACACGAAAGUGACAGAAUAAAGGAGUACUUUGACUAUAUGAUUACGCACCACCAUGACUUGCAAGUACGCUUCAGGUGGAACCCGAACGACAUAGCCAUCUGGGAUAAUCGCUCGGUCUUUCACAGCGGAACUCCUGAUCUCGUUGGCGAAAGAGAAGGCCGGCGAACAACGUCAGUUGGGGAACGCCCGUACUUCGAUCCUGCGUCUAUGACAAGACGCGAGGCCAUGGCCAAAGGCACUAUCAAGCUGGUAUGA